GCGUGACUGGGGAGGGGCGGUGCUUAGAGGCGGGUUCUGGAUUUUAAAAUGCCGGGUGUGGGCUUGGCUGCGCAGGGGCGACGACGCGCGUUGCCCCGUGGCCUUUUGGUCUUUGCAAACCAGUCCUAGAAAACUCCCGCGGUCUGGGGUGCUGCGACAGGCCAGCAAGGGAUGGCAGCUCCCUAACGCGAGGAGACGGCACGCGCUCGGGCUCGCAGCCGCGCAGCUGCAUCGCAGGGGCACGGAGAUGCGCGCACUCGGAGCGUCCGGCCGGGGCUGCAGACCGACAGGGAAACACAAGGGCCCCGCUGACUCCAGGGCAGCUGAAGCGGGUUUCCAGACGGGCCUGAUGGGCAGAAUUGUAAUGAGUUGGACAGUACUGUGAAGGAGCCGUGAAGACCCCCAGGCUCGCCAUGGCACCAAAAACCAAGAAGGGAUUGAAAGGCUCCAUUGAUGAUGUCCUUGGCGACCUCCUGGGGGACGACACGACUCUACCCGAGAAACCCGUUAAAGCAGCUUUACGUGCCAGAGACGCCGCAGACGCACCUCAGGGGCUCCCCUCGCCCGAGACUAGAACAAAGUCCCUCCUGGAAGAUGAUGUCUUCAGGACAGGCCUGGCGGGAGCUGACGCCGAGGUUUCCGACAUCUCGGAUGCAGACCCGCAGGCCCUGCUGCAGGCGCUGCAGGACCUGGACGACAUGGAUGCUGACCUCCUGGGUCUGAAGAAGUCUAGCGUGACCUCUGGCCAAAGACUUGUGAAGGAGUCUGGGAAAGAAGAGCUGCCCACAAAUCCUCAACCUGCUGCCAAGCCAACAGCCAAUGAGAACGGGAACACCGUUGCCACGAAGAAGCCGUCUCCAAACAGCUUUGGGCAUCAGCACAGGGGCGUUUCCUUUGAAGACCUGGAAGACCCCCUGGCAGGGCUCCUCUUGGAUGAGGAAGGUGCUGCCCAGAAGCCGACUGUGACGGAGAGUAAGACAGCGUCUGGCAGGAGCCCCAGCAGAGGUCAGGCUCCUUCUAUUCCACUCACUCCUGGGGACACCCCUGUCCGAAAGAAAGAAGAGUUGCUGUUUGACGAUGGAGAGGACAUCAUGGCCAGCCUGGGGUUUGGAGACAGUCCCAAAGCAGAGAGGAAGCAGACGCCAGGGCCGGAAGUGCCCCGCCCUGCCCGCUCCAAGCUGGAUGAGCUGCUGGGUCGAGGCACCGCCACCCAACUCCUGGCUCGCCCGGGCACUGGGGAACACAGAGAGUUCAAGCUUGCCGCCAAGUACCAGAGGCCACAGGAUCACGGUCACAGGCCCCUUAAUCCAGACAAAGAAGAUACCUGGGGCGACAAGGACUUCACCUUUGGGGCCUACCAGCCUACCAUGGGCUCCUCCGAGGGCCGGCAGUCCCGCCGGCAGUCGGUCAGGUUCUUAGCAGAAGGUGGCCCAGAACACAAGGGAGAACCGGGCUCCAAACAGAGCCCUCCAGUGACUUCCAGCCCCAGCCAGCCGAGGAAGGGAGGCGCUGACUGGUUGGGCCUCAAGGAUGAUGACCUGGACCUGCUCCCGCCCUCUCCCACCAGAGAGGCCCGGCGGGGAGGCUCAGUGCUCGCCACACCCUCCUGACCCCCGCCUGCCAGCCAGCACCCUGUCCCAGGCCGGCACUCUGCCCCAGCUGGGCUGUCCACCUCGGGGGCAAAGCCACCAGCUGAGGGUGCCGGGUCCCCUGCCAAAGCCAGCCAGGCCUCCAAGCUGGGAGCACCUGAAGAGAAAGACGGGGAGGACUGGCUGAGCCAUGCCUUGUCUCGGAAGAAGUCACAAAGUCUGGCCAGAGAGGAACGUGCUGGGGCCUCGAAGGGCUGGAACUCCAGGGGGACAGGAGACCAUCCCCCUCCUGGCAGCCAUCCUGCUGCCGGCACUCAAGAGCCUGAGCAGGCAGCUUCCGGAGGGGCCUCGGGACCGCCAGUACAAGGAACCCCAUCUGCCAGGCCUGGUGGUGCAGGGUCCCCUGUGACUAGGAACCAAGCUGACUUGACCCUCCCUGCUGGUGACCCAAGGACGGGGGCUGCCCCUGGAGAACUCUCUGAGCCUGCUGACUGUUUCCUGAGCUCCCGGGAGCCCACAGGGCUUUCUACCCCCAUCCAGGCCCUGCUCCCAGAGUCUCUUGCACGGAGCCUGCUGCCGGGCACAGGAUACCAGAAGCAGCUCCUGGCAGCACAAGCGCAGGUUCAGAGUGACACUGCCGAGCUCCAGGCCGAGCUGCUGCAGAGCCAGGCCCGGCUGGCAGAACUGGAGGCCCAGGUGCGGAAGCUGGAGCUGGAGCGGGCCCAGCGCCAGCUGCUGCUGGAGAGCUUGCAGCAGCGGCACCAGGCGGACCUGGAGCUCAUCGAGAGCGCACACAGAAGCCGCGUCAAGGUGCUAGAGGCGUCCUACCAGCAGCGAGAGGAGCGGCUCCGCAGAGAGAACGAGGAGCUGUCAGCGCGGUACCUGUCGCAUUGCCAGGAGGCUGAGCAGGCCCGCGCCGAGCUCACGGCCCAGCACCAGCGCCGUUUGGCAGCCGCUGCGCAAGAAAAGGAUCAGGAGAUGGAGCGGCUCCGAGAGCUGCAGCGGGCGUCCAUCCUGGACAUGCGCAAGGACCACGAGGAGCAGCUACAGCGGCUGAAGCUGCUCAAGGACCGGGAGAUCGACGCCGUCACCAGUGCCACCUCCCACACGCGGUCCCUGAACAGCAUCAUCAGUCAGAUGGAGAAGUUCUCCAGCAGCCUGAGCGAGCUGUCGUCCCGCGUGGAGGCCUCGCACCUCACCACCUCCCACGAGCGCGAGCUGGGGGUCCGGCAGCAGGACGAGCAGCUGCGAGCUCUGCAGGAGCGGCUGAGCCGGCAGCAGCGGGACAUGGAGGAGGAGCGGAGCCGACUCCAGGAGGUCAUUGGGAAGAUGGAGGCACGCCUGGGCGAGCAGAGCCGGCUCCUGGAGCAGGAACGCUGGCGUGUGACUGCAGAGCAGUCCAAGGCGGAGGCCUCACAGCGUGCCCUAGAGGAGCAGAGGAGGGUCAUGACCCAGCAGAUCGCCAUGGAAAGGGAAGAGCUGGAGAGGGCCAAGAGCGCCUUGCUGGAAGAGCAGAAGUCCGUCAUGCACAAGUGUGGGGAGGAGCGCCGGCGCCUGGCAGCCGAGUGGGCUGAGUUCUCCGCACAGCAGAGGUUGAGCAAGGAGCGGGCCGAGCGCGAGGCGGAGCGGGCACUGCAGGUGGACACUCAGCGGGAGGGCACCCUCGUCAGCCUGGCCAAGGAGCAGGCCGAGCUGAAGAUCAGGGCCAGUGAGCUCCAGGCCAAGCAGGAGCAGCUGGCAGCUGAGAGGGAGGCCAUAGAGCGGGCAUGGCAGGAGCUGCGGCUGGAGAAGGAGAAGGUCAACGCGGCUGCACUGCGGGUCAAGCUCCGUGCAGAGGAGGUGGACAACAUGAGCAAGGUGGCCUCCGAGAAGUACGAGGCUGGCGAGCGGGCGCUGCGUGAGGCCCGGCAGGUGCAGUCGGAGCAGCAGGCCCGGCGGCAAGUGGUGCAGCAGCAGCAGGAACGGCUGCGGCAGCAGGAGCAGCACAUGCACCAGGAGCACCUGAGUCUGGCCCAGCAGAGAUUGCAGCUGGACCGUGUCCGGCAGGACCUGCCCUCUGGCCUCGCAGGGCUGCUGCCCAGGACUCCUGGCCCAGCAGCCUCCAGCCUAGGUGCUCACAGUUCUCCUUCCACCACCCCUGGGUGCAACCAGCCAGGCCUAGGCCCCUCGCACCUCUACGCCAAGCUGGUACUACUGAGGCACACGGCUGAGCAGGACCGAGACUUCUUAGAGAACGAACAGUUCUUCCUGGAGACCCUGAAGAAAGCAGCCUACAAUAUACCGUCCCAUUCAGCCUGAGGGAGCCUCCCUGGCUCCCCAACAAGGGCUCAGACUCUGGAGUGCUCUCCUAUCACCCAGCUGGCCGUCAGCCUGGCGGAACCGGUGCCAGGAAGGCUCCGAAAUGCCCAGGGCCUGAUUACAGCCAUCCAUGGAUGGGGUUUGGGCCAGUUCUUUCCAAGUGCUGCAGCCAGGUCUGAGUCCCCAGGUGGCCCCUGCUUCUAGGGCUCUGCGACCCCUGGGGGAGUUGUGGUCCCAAGGCUGCCUCCCUGCGGCUUUGGUUGCCUGGCCCACAGCCAUCAGGCUUGGGCUUCACCAUAGAGGGUUCGAGGAAGCAGAGUCCCAGCCUCUCCAGUGGGCUACCCCCUGAGCCUCCACAGGCAGACGUUGGGGCUUCUGACCUGGGCGGGCCGGAGGCAGUGGCUUUUCUUGAGGGAUGCAACGAGCAGCCUUCUGCCUUCCUACCUGGGAGGUCUGCUCCUAGGUCUGCUCCCAAAUGGAGACACAAACAAGGCCAUCCUGGCCGAAAGGGAGGCAUGUGCCGGGGGAAGGGCGCCAAGCCCCUGGAUUACCUCGCAGUCAGCGGUGCUCCUGCAGUCCUGCGCCCCACCGUCCACGGCCAGCCCUGCCCAGGCCCAAGCUCAGCCUGGACACUGGCCUCCAGCUUCUUCCUCAUCUAAGUUCCCUGCCACAGGCAGGUGGGGAGGGACCAGGAGGGACAGCUUCUCUGCUGUUCACCUGCCGCAGAGCCACAGCUCACUGGGACUGACACAAGGCAGAGCAAGGGCCGCUGGUCUCCGUAGGGGGGUGUGGGUGCUGCACCAAGGUCACCGAGGGGUGCCGGGAGGAGGAGGGGUGGACCGACCCAGCAGGUUCACAAUAAAGUCACAGUUGUUUCCAAA